AUGGCCACACCAACAUCCCUCUCCUCCGCCACAAUGCUGGCCCGCCUCCCCCGUCUCAACUUCCUCCUACUGUCGAGGUCAUACCGUUUCUUCUCCCCAAACCAAUUGCUCCAAUACACCCCCGGGUUCCUCUUUACCGCACCCGCAGCCCUCACCCUCGACAUCCCGGCCAUCCUCUCCGAUAUCUGGGAUUCCGUCCUGCGCGCCGUGCCCAAAAAGAAGACAUCGCAUAUGAAGAAGAGACACCGGCAGAUGGCCGGGAAGGCCCUCAAGGACCAUCUGGACCUCAAUAGGUGUUCUAGCUGUGGAGAGCCGAAGAGGGCACAUUUGCUGUGUCCGACGUGUGUUGCUGCUCACCCCGUCGAAAUAUUCUCUCUGGCAGUGACCCCGAGCCAAGUUAUAUCAUGCUCGGGCGCCUCGUCGCUCAAAGUCCACUCAACAACACCAACGCCAACGGGCACAGGAACAGAGACAGACUUCCCCAUAGCCCAAUCCAUUGAGGCCGCGCACAAGAUUGGUUGCCACCACCUCGCCACCAGUGCAGAUGGAACGAGAUUCGCCAGCGUCGGUUUUGGGGGAGAGGUUAAGCUGUGGUCGUUUGUGGAUGGGAUGUGGGUAGAGGAAGGGGGGCUGAAAGAAAGCAAAAAGGUCAGCGAGAUAUGGGCUGUCGCUUUAUCGGCUCAUGGCGAGUAUCUGGCCGGCACGACGCUCGAUGGCCGUAUUAAAGUCUGGCAUAUCCAGAAGGAUGAUGUGGAGCUCAUCUGCGAUCUGGAGACGAAGGGGAGCUUUGGGAUGUGUAUUGCCCUGUCGGCCGAUGGCUGCUUGACAGCAUCUGGCCACGCGAAUGGAAACGUCUAUAUCUUUCUGAACGAGACGGGGAGAAUGAUACAUUCUUUAUCCGGCCUUGUCUCCUCCGUUCGAGCUGUAUCUUUCUCUCCGGGUGGUAAACUGCUUGCAGCCGCGGGGGACUCGAGAGUGAUCCAGCUCUAUGAAACUUCAUCGGGGGAGCAGGUUGCUGCUCUGAUGGGACAUACGUCUUGGAUUACCUCUCUUGAUUGGAGUCAUACUGGUGAAUUCCUGUUGAGUUCAGCGCUUGAUGGGAAAGUUAAGGUGUGGUCAGCUGAGCGGAGAGCGUGUGUGGCAACGCUUUCUGAGUCCGAUGUGGCUAUAUGGAGUGCAAAAUGGUUGCUGAAAGUUGGAACUACGGAGAAGUUUGUCACGGCGAGUGCUAAGGGCAGUAUCACCUUUUAUCGCGAGGCUACGGGGGUAUGA